AUGGGCGAACCACCAAAAUAUAGUCCGCAAGGCGAACCGCCGAAAUACAGCCCCACGCCUCAUGCAACCGUCGAGGACCAGUUUGCUGCCGUUCUCGUCGAUGCUGCCAAACAGUACCAGGAAUCCUCGGGGCAAAGCCUCGAGGAGUUUUUAAAGCCACCAAUGAAGUCGAUCGAUGAGCUCAAAAACCAACUGGUCACGCAGAACGACAAGUUCUCCUCCUUCCGCGAGAAGCGGCAUCACAUCUUUGGCGCUCUGAGCGCCAUGCUCGAGCCUGUUCAGGUCAUUGGAGAGGUCGUUGGAGGAGCGCUUUCAGAGACGUACCCUCCUGUUCAAACAGUCUUCUCCGCUGUUGCGUACCUGAUCAACGCUGCGAACAAUGUCUCGUCCAUGUACGACAAGAUUGUAGAGCUUUUUGAGAACCUCAAGGGAUUCACUUUGCGCCUCGACCUCUACCUCCAAUCGGAAAUGUCUCCGGCCCUUCGAGGUCAUGUGGUCUCUAUCCUGGCGUCUUUGUUCCAAGUCCUGGUCCUCUCCACCAAGGAAAUCAAACGAGGCCGUGUAAAGGCCUACUUCAAGGGCUUGUUCGGAGCAGGCAGCCCUGUGCAGCCUGCGCUGGAGAAUCUGAAAAAUCUGACUCAAACCGAAGCCUUACAUGUCCAAGCGGAGAUUUACAAGGACACUAAACGCAUGGGUCUAACCACAGACCGAGUGGAAAGUCUCGUAAACGAAGUGAAUGAGAAUGUGCAGAGUCUUCGGUCGGAAUACCGAGAAAGAACGACUCUGGCGCAGCAGGAUAAGCUCAGAGACAUACUAGGGCCUUCGCCAUUUCCCGAAGAUUACUACUCCUUGUUCACAAAGUCGAUAGUCCGGGGCACGGGCGAAUGGCUCCUUAAGGAUGAAGGCGUGAAGUCCUGGUUUAGUGGCCAUACUAAGUAUUUAUGGAUAUCUGGUGGUGCUGGAACGGGCAAGUCUUUCUUGGCUACACGACUAAUAUCUCAGGCCACUGAGGACUUACAGCAUGUUGGAUACUUUUACUUCCGAGCAAACGACCCGGAAACACGAUCGGUCCUGCAAGCCCUUCGAGAUGUUGCUUAUCAGUUGAGUGAGAGCGACGCCUACUAUGGAAAACAGGUAGUUCGUAACCUACACAGUGGCGAUGACAUCAAGACACUCUCAAGUGCAUACCGCCGACUAUUCAUUGAGCCUUUCGAAAAAGACAAGCGCGGCCGAAACUUUUACGUAUUUUUGGACGGAAUCGACGAAGCAGACAUUUCGGAAAUGGAAGAGUUCCUGAGCCUUCUAACUCCAGAACUGGAGGAGCAACAAUCGAAAGGCCUGUCCAAGGUUCAUCUGGCUCUGAUAGGCAGAUCAUAUAUGUCGGAACAGGUAACUCAAUUCCUCGACCCAGAUGAGAAAAGUGAUCAAGUCUCUACUACCCUUGUUACGCCUGAGCGGAAUGCCAAGGAUGUCGGAGCUUUUAUCCAAUACGAAAUUUCCAACUCGAGAAUUCUUAAUCGGAGUACGCCGGAGUUCAGGAAAGAAAUCAUUGACGAGAUGGUUAAACGUGUGGACGGCUUGUUCAUUCUUGCAAAGUUAAUGUUGGCAGAUGUGAAUAGAGCCCGACGCCCAAGUUCGAUACUCAAGUCUCUUAAGACUUACCCAAGAGAGAUCAACGCUAUUCUCCAGAAAACCCUCUCGGAUCUCGCCUCAACAAUGUCUGAUGAGGAGGCGACUGACCUGAAUGAAAUGCUUAUGUGGGUAUCCUGCGCUGAGCAAGCUUUGACGCUCGAGCAGCUUGAAGCAGCCUUGAUCAUGAAGUACGGUGACCUACCAUUCCGAUUUGAAGAGUUGUUGCGAGGGCAAUAUGCAUGCUUUUUCGACCUACAGAGAGAGGAUGGCCUCACCACGGAUGAUCUCAUCAAAGAUCAUGAACGGACACACCAUAGAGCCAGGAGUCAAGGGUCAACAGGUGACCGAUCGAGGAGAUCCAGCUCUGCCGGGAAAGAUAGCCCUAGCCGUCGGGUACACCCAGCCCAAAAGUUAAUCAACAGCCAGAGGCGUCAGACGAGUCCUAGUUCUCUGGGAACCAGCCCACCUGACCGUGCGUUCAGCCCAUCAAGAAGCCCAGGCUUGCGAGCCUUAGCUUUUGAGACCCAGGAACUGGAAUUUAGAUCGAACAAGGCAACAACUACUGUCAAUCUCUUCCAUACCUCCCUGCGAGAAUUUUUCCGGGAUCACGAUACUACGACUACUAUUAGGCACGAAAACGAGGCUGUGACCGUCGGCUUUCCUCCUAUCGACGCUAAGAUACACGUAUUGAAGACUUGCAUGCGCAUAUUCAGCGACAAGAAUUGGUUCAACGAGCAGAAACUUAGAUACCGUAGGAAGGGUAUCAAGCAAUAUGCGGCGUGGUACUGGCAGGAGCAUUUGGAAGCUAUUGACCUCUCAAAGGUUAGCCGUGAGGAUAAGAAAGAGAUUGGACCCCAAUUGUAUAAAAUGCUCACAGAUGAGCAAAUGAUAUACGAAUGGACUAUCAUGUACGAAGAGAAUGACGAGGGUUUGGAAGUUCUUGCGGACAAAAGCAUCAAAGUUCUUCUUCAGUGGAUGGGAGACGCCGAUGUCUUGGCGGGCCUGGAGCCCAAGGCUCGGGACUGGGCUCGGCAAGCCGUGGACACGCCAACCGGCAUUUACCAGGCCAUUGGACGCUUCUAUGCGAAGGCGUGGCUGGCAGCGGAUUUCGAGCUCUAUGUCCCAGCAAAUUUCUGCUUCAAGAUUGUUCAAACGAUCGCUUUCAUGGAUAAGGGGUACUCUUGGGCUGAUUCCCAGUGCCGUUGGUCCUCAAUCCCUCUCGCCGACCGAAUUGCCAAGGCUGCUGAAUGGACUGGUUUACCUCAAAACGCUCAGUGGUAUAGACGCAUCGGAAGCUCGUACCUGACCUCGGGAGAGCACCACAAAGCACUGUAUUUCUACGACAAGGCUCUGGAACUAGAUCGCAACAGCGUGGAAUCGCGCGGACGCAAGGCAUUCUGCCUCUUCAAGGACGAGCUAUACGAGAAGGCGCUCGAUCUCUCCUUGGAGUGCGAAGCAGCAGAAAUCAAGGCAAUUGGUGAGGGAAAACUAUCAGCCGAGCACCUUGCGGAGUCCAGAUGGCGGCUUUACAAGGAUCAGUUUGUUAUUGCUCAAUGCUAUUAUCUUACUGACCAAGUUGCUGCGUCGGUGAGAUAUUUCGAAAAGGCCAUUCAGAGUGCAGAGAUUGUUCUCUUGAGAAAGUCAGAGCGCUUCGAGGCUGUUAUUGCAUAUCUGAGAAUAUUGGCAGUAGAGAACAGACACGCUGAUAUGAUGAAGCUCGUCGAAGACCUAUCUCUGAAGGCAACAAGUCGCAGUCGCGAACAAAGCCGGUUGGUGGAUCUAUUCCUUUCAGAAUACAACAUGCCUCUUGUGCAGGAGUGGCUUCCCAGAGCCGCCUGCAAGGUAGAUCAGAGCGAGCUCCUCCUGCAGAAGUUUGAUAUGGCCAUUGGGGCUGCUCACGCGGUCCGUAACACGCUCAAAGAGCUUUAUUUGCGUCUCGCCAUAGGUACGACAUUGAUGCUUAAGCGCGACAAUGACGGAGCUAUUGAAAUAUUUGAGCGGAUCUCCCUUGUUGAGUUCCGCCCUCGAGGAAAUGUACCCACGCGUCAAGCACACGCCAUCUCAUUUCAGAGACUGGCCUCCCUGUACAAGCAAAAGGUGCUUCACAUAGGCAUCAAGAGUCACGGAGCCGAUGCUUGGAUCGAACGCCUGGAGACUGUGAUGGAUAGACAAGGCGCGCAGCAAAACCUUGAUAUGCCUGCUAGCAUGCUUGGUUCGGACGUGAACACGGCUGCCAUCUACCUUUCACUCUUCUACCGCCUUAGGGGGAGAGCUGCGGAGGCAAAGAAGCUGCUUGGCGCGCUCAUUGUCGAGAGUUGCGAGAUUCUUGAGGACGACGAGCUUAGAAACGACCAGUUCGCCCUAGAGAAUCUCGUCAAGCUGUUCACUGCUGCUGAUGACGUGGAGAAUGCUACAGCGCUGGCGGUAUCGAUGCGGAAAGUGAACCCUCAGGAAUCGAUCCGCACCGACACUGUGUCCCCUGUUGAAUCGCGAGAGUUUCCGGAACCUAAGUUGCCAGACAUUCAGUCUUCCAACCGGAGCUGUGGCCAGUGUCUGGAAACAAUCCCACACCAUGAAGAAUUUUCGUUUUGCCGAUUCUGUCUUGACUCAUUUUGUGUUCGGUGCCUGAAGAUGAUCAAGACAGACAAUGCGGCGGUGGAUAUCAGAGGCGACGAGGUGGUAUGCAGAUCCACUCACGACUGGUUCAGCGUGCCACCCUUGAACAAGAUAUUGCACACAGGGCAGAUGCUUUUCGGGGACCUCGAUGUUCGAGAUUUCGUCGAAUGGAAGAAUGGAAUUAAGCGACAGUGGGACGCCGAGCGGAAGAAGCCAUCGAAAGUGUAA